AUGGAUGAAGCAAAAGCAGCGGCCGCCGCCGUCUCCGUCGUCCGAGGAAAGGAAGAGACCCAACUACAACAAAUCUUGAAGAUUUUAGAAGCUAUCAAGAAAGUUUCCAAUGAUUUAAAAUCAAAACCGAGUUCCGACUCGGUCGACUGUAUCAAAACGUUAAUGCAGCUGCAAACGAAGUCUGACUCAGUUUUCUCCGCCGACCCACAUCUCUCUUCUGUUAUUCAACAUCUAUCCAAGUUAAAUGAGUUAAUCCAGGAUCUCCUGGAUUCAAACCCUGGUGGCGGUAUCAGAUCGUUCGUGACUCGGCGAGUGAGGUUCCAUGAAAUCUCCCGAGUUUCGAGCUUGAUUGAGUCGGAACUACAGGCAUGGAUAGAUCGUGAAACAGUAUUGAAUUUGACAAAAACAUUGCGCCAAAUCCAUUAUUCAGAAGAUUCAAUUCUCACAUCAUCAGAUGAAGAAAUUCUAUUGAAAAAAAUGGAUUCUUUCCGGGAAAUUCUUUCGAAAGGUUUCGAUAUAAACCUCCAAGAUUUUCUUUUAAAAUCUGGGAUUUUCUCAAACCUCGAAAGGGUUUUACGCAAUCCACUUUUUUCUACAAGGAUUCGUGAAAAAUCCGCCACAGCCAUCAAAGAGCUUGUUCUUUACAACAAAGAUGUAUUCGUGGGUCUUGUAUUAAUCGGACAAACUGUCAAAUCUUUAGUAUCAAUGGCUUCUCUUUCUUCUCUACAAGUUCUUUGCUCUCUUAUAAAGGCAAUCAAGAGCCCUUUAGUCGAUGAACUGGAAUCAUGCGGUGGAAUCUCAAAGAUUGUUGACUUAUUACAAUAUUCUGAGGAUUUUGGAUUACGAUUAAUGGCAUUCAACUGCGUUCUUGAAAUUGGGUAUUAUGGAAGAAGAGAGGCUGUUCAAGCAAUGCUGAAUGCGGGUUUGAUCAUGAAACUGGUGGAAUUGCAGAGGUUGGGAAAUAAUCAAUUCGCAGGGUGUGUGGUUAAAUUUACGAUCCAAUUGGAAGUUGGAGAAGGGCUAAGGCAAAGAGAGAGGAGGAGUUUUAAGCAAGAAAUAUUGGAGAAAAUAAAAGAGGCAUGUGUUUCUGAUGUUGAAGCUGCCACCAUUGUUGCAGAGGUUUUGUGGGGGGCUUCACCUUGA